AAGUGAACCUCCUGGUAGAAGUUCGACCCCUGUAAAUUUAGAUGAGGAGAGUGUUAUCUCUAAAAGCACGUCAACGCAAAGUUAAAGAAGAAUAGAGAGAGUUGACACCCCUGACGAACACCACUUGAGAUAAUCAAUUCUGAUGACAGUUCGCCAUAAGCCCUCACUCGACCAGUUGUAUUCGAGUAGAGAGCCUUUACAAGGUUAAUGUACUUCUUUGGUACUCCUUUCAGUGACAAACACUGCCAUAGAACCUCCCGAUGUGACCAAAUUGUUCUCGUGUGCUGUUACGGGUAUGAGGUCUGAUAUCACUUAUCAGUUGCCCACACCGUGGGUUAGGGUUCAGUCAAUAAGGUAAAUAGGAUUUUAGUGCUUUAGCUGAUUUGAUAUGCUUCAAUGCUAUUACGAGUUCACGUUACUCGGUGAACGGAAAGAAGGUCAAAGAUACAGUGACACGAUAGGCUAUUCUAAUCCGUUGUCCCCGGCCCUGCUAACUAGAUCAAGAAGUCUUGAUGAGGCAUAGAGAAUGUUUUAUACAAGUACCUCGAAAAUACGAGGUCCCUAAAUACACAAAUCAAGCUUAUUUAUACAAUGAUACGAAUGCCUAUGGAAGAGCCACAAAAGAGCGUACUAAGAAAAUCCGUCAACCAAUGACAGUCAAGGAUUUCCGAGUGAGAAAUGUAAACUGUUGGUCAACUAAGCGUCUCUCGGCACAAAAACAUGAAAUUCAAAUUUUCAGAAUAAAACUACAAAAUUCGAACAUUUUCCAAAUAAGUUCUGGGGAUCUAACGUCCUCAACAUAAUUUCAGUUCAUGAUGAAAACCCUAAAUCUAAUUCCUUACCAUAACCAUCAAUUGUAAAUCCUAAUUUGAAUUCCUCACACUGGUUUAUAAACCUUAUUUAAUCCUAGUAAGUAGAUGGACAUUCACAAAAUCAGUUUAGUGUCAUUCAAAGAUCAUCCAUAAAAUAUAGAUGUUAAAAGUUAUUUUUGUAUUGAUAUUUAGGACUGUAAUUUAUCAUUCUGAUAUUGUACAAGUCAAUGGCCAUCUGUACUCAGUAGCUGAAUGGAUAUUACGAUGGUGUUUGAAGCUAACGGUACGGGGUUCGAGUCCAAGAGUGAACAUCAUUUCAGGGAUGUAUGUACAUCUGUCUAACUAGUCCCAUAUAGAACGAAAUACGCUUCCUAGAUUCCACUGUUAACCAUUAUCUAUCUCUGUUUAUAGGUCUUAAAAGAUUUUGAAUGAUUACUGUAAAUAGGACAGUUAGUUAAUGAUGAAAUUAGUUAAGAGAUAUGAAUAAGAUAAAUAAAGUUAUCAUCUGAAUUAUUCAAUGAAUUGUGUCUAUAAAGAUAUUAGAAGAUUCUUGAACUGAUGUCUAGUGGAGUCAAGGUUAUGAAAAGCUGGAAUGAAAUAACUUUACAGUUUCCAAUAGUUUGUAAUGGUCCCUCAAUUGAGGAACAAAGAAUUGAGUGAUGAAAAUGAAACAAAAUAAAAAUGUCAUAGCUAAUCACUAUCGCUAAAAAUUAUGUUUUUCUUAAACAUUCAUUGAAACAGGAAGACCUAAGAUCUUAGAACAGUUCACUAUGAAGAGGUACUAUACCAUUCUUUCUUCUCAUCUUUAAAUUAUUAAUGCUCUAUCAUAACAAAAGCGGAUAACCACUUCAUCUUCACCUUCAUGAACAUCAAUUAACAGUCAAACACCAUGACAUCUACUCACUCAUGUCAAUACACGUGGACAACUACGAACACACAUUCGACUAGAAAAUAUGGAAAUCUUCGAUAGAGGAAAUUCCAAAAACAUCAGAGAAUUUUUAGAAGCUUGGCACCCACAUCAAUCACCAAUCAACAAGCACAUUGAAAUCUAUCCAAUUCAUCAAUUUAUCAAUAAGGAAAAUUAUGCACACACAUAGGAACAAAAAUCAAACCAAUAGGUGACACAACCAAAACAAAGAAGUAAACAAUGACAGAAUUUAAGGUCAACAAGAACCAAUCAAUAUCGAGGUGUACAGGAUAAGCUGUGAACCACAUAUGGAGAAAUUUGAGCAUUUCAGUUCUAUGUGAAGUUUGUGUUAAUGAUGUCAUUCAGAAGAUCGAUGAGAGCUUCACGACCAAACUAUCGAACUCAGAGAACAGAACUUCAUCAAAAUCAUCCACCUGAGUUACAAGUCUUCUCCAGCAUCUCAAUAACAAAAGCUUACUCUUAGAGUUUACCUUAGAUAUGUUGUCUCCUUAAGUUCACUGCAGUUGGAUAAAAUUAUUGACUUGCAAUAAUCAAUUAACGCAAAUACUACAAUGUUUAGAUAUAGCACUGAUGUCUCAGACUUAUCUUUUCUUCUUAUAAAGAGUUUUAAUCUACAUAAUACUGCCCUAGUGACUUACUGUUACCAUUGAACACCUCUUCCAUUGUUCGUUUUACUCAAGUUUCAUGUUUAUUUCUUCUUAUAUGAUUACAUAAUGAUCUCUCUUUCUCUCACUCACACACACAGACAUACUUAUACAAUCCUAAAAUUAGACUAUAAGUAUAUCAUAACAAGAUCACUACAUAUGUGUUUCAAAGAAACAUUUUACAUUCAUAAAACAGGAAGAUCAACGUUUCCCGGACUGCGAAGCUGACUGAUAUAGAUUUGAAUACAGUAGAGUGUCAAUUACCUGAAUAUUCCAAGUAUAUCUUGCUGAUAAGUCUCAUCUUACAUUAGAAAUGUUUUACUCAAACCAUUUAAGUGAUCAAAAAUAUUAUUUACGAAACACUAGAUUUAUAUCAAUAUAUAUAACAUCUUUCUUGAGUUGGCUUCUCAGAACUACAACGGAGCCUCCAGAGGCCCUAAAAGAUCCGAAGAGUUUCCAUCUAAUCACAACAUGACGGAGCUUUCUAGAAUAUCAACGUGGCAUACUACUACUGUAAAUUGUUAUAACUUAUGGAUUUUUACCCCUAUCAAUGUAUAACGUAAUGAGUCUCCCAAUUAGAGAACAGUGAUUUAUCAAUUGGACCAAUCACGCAUAAAACAAGUACGAGCAGUCUAGAGCCUUCAUCAGUCCUGCUUCUCUCCUAGCCCUGCCCGUUAAGUCCAGAACACCAAUCUCAGCCUCUGCAAUAUCAACCAUGUAUUUCAAACAUACUGGGUUUAUAUACCAAUCAGACAGACCACACCGUACCAUAAAAUAGCAAACAACAUUUGUACAAGAAUUAGUCAAAUGUGGCUGUGAAUGUGGGAGGUAGUAAUUGAUAGACAGGGCAUAACUCAAGAAUGGCAGAUGGUACAAUAAUAAUAGUUCAUAGGUCAAAAUAAAGCUCAUAAUAAGAAGGACAUGAAUUUGAAUAGUUUAGUUAUUUGACAAUUAUACGAUAAAAAUAUGCGUAUAGUAAUGGUCCAUAAAUGUAUCCUAAAAGUUACCAUUCAUUAUUCUCAUCGAGGUACAACAAUCUUCAAAGCCUUCUCUUUGCGAUUACUGCUUAUACUUUUACUACCUCUACCAUUAUGGGAUUUCAACCGUCAUCUAUUUACUAAUGUGGUAUGACAACUCGAACUGAUGUACAUAAGUACGUACGUACGUAUGAUGUUCUACGUUGUUGCUAACUGACUGAUAUAUACAUAUUGUAUGACAUAGAUUAGAAUUUGAGAAAUAAGAAUUCAAGUGUAUAUAUUUCCAUUUUAUAAAAUGACGGUUAAUCAAUACCAAAGUAGGUAGGUAGAAAAAGUUACCUAAAAUAAAAUAAUUUCUAACGUAAUUUAUUUUUAUUCUCCAAUAAUAAUAAUAAACAAAUGAUAUAGUUUGACUAAUAUAACAUCUAAAAUACUAGCCCUAAUAAUUAUCCAUCGCCUUACUAAGACUCGUGAACUACAAACAGGAGAAAAUUAGGCUGGCUUCAGAUCUGGCCGUGGUUGCAUCAACCACAUAUCCACCAGUCGUCAGAUUUUAGAACACAGACAUACUUAUCGGCGUCCGACAAUGACAGCUUUUCUUGACUUAAAAGCAGCAUUUGACUCUGUUGAUCGAGAGGUUCUGUGGCAGUGUCUGUCAUUGAAAGGUGUACCUCAGAAGUACAUAAACCUUGUGAAGGCUCUUUACUCGAACUCUACUAGUUGAGUCAGAUCUUAUGGUGAACUGUCAUCUGAUUUUGCAACCUAAAGUGGUGUUCAUCAAGGCUGUCCACUAACUCCAUUUCUGUUUAAUUUCAUCAUAGACCUACUGCUAGAAAUAACGUUCUCGUUGACUGAAUUCUCGGGUAUUGAUCUCUUACCAUGAGGUCCACUUAUCGACUUGGAAUACGCAGAUAAUAUUGUCCUAUUUGGUGAAGACGAUGAUAAAAUGCAGAGUCUUUUGGUAGCCCUGAACAACAACGCCACGAUGUUUGGGAUGCGUUUCUCCCCCUCUAAAUGCAAGUUUUUGCUCCAGGACUGGUCUGUAUCAACACCUGAACUGAGGAUAGGGAGUGAAGUAGUCGAACGCAUCGACAAGUUCACUUAUCUUAGAAGUCUGAUCAGCCCUAAUGGGUUGGUGUCUGACGAAAUCUCUGCACGGAUUGAGAAAGCUCAUUUGGCUUUUACCAACUUACGUCACCUGUGGCGAAGACAAGAUGUCCGUCUAUCAAUUAAGGGACGAGUAUACUGCGCAACAGUUCAUUCUGCUUUACUUUACGGCUGAGAAACUUAGCCAUUAAUGGUUGAAGAUACUCGUAGGUUGCUAGUAUCUGAUGACAGAUUUCUUAGAAAUAUAGCUCGCGUUUUCUGGGAUCACUGGGUAAGUAAUAGUGAGGUUGGAUGCAAGGUAUUAGGGAAUGAUGGUAAAUCAGUUGACGAUGUAAAUCUUCAUCAACUGAGACGGUUAGGCCACGUAUUACGUAUGCUCAACCACCGAUUACCACGACACGCAAUGCUGAUUAGUGGUGGAGACGUAUGGAAGAAAGUUAUGGGCCAGACCAAAUCGUGGCAUCAGUCCUUGAAGUCACUGACUUCUGGUGUGAACAUUGUUGGUAGAUGAAGACUACUUGGUUGGAGUCCGCAUGACUAUCGUAACCAAUGGUUGGAGACCCUUGAUGACAUGGCUUAAAAUCGAUCACAGUAGUGUAGAUGUAUAUACUCUAUAUCUUCCCUUAAACUAUGAGAUUAAAAUCGCUUCAUAUCUUUCUUUCUACCAACUAAUUAUUUCUUCCUGUACUAUGUCCUUAUACACAAUCUUUCUUUUAUAUAUUACCACCUCUGAAUUAACUACUUCUAUGAAUCCGGUGUUCAUCUUGCUGUGCUUAUGAGGUGUGGCAACUUGGACCGAUGCAUGUAAGUGCCUGUUCCUACAUUGUAGCUAACUGACUGACUGAAAUUUAUACAAGAUAAGGUAACAUUCUAUCACAUCAUUGUUUUGUUUAUUUGAAUCUUCUCAUUUGAUAUUUAGGAUUAUACGAACAUCUUUUGUGAAAUGUCUUGAUAUUGUUGUUAAGUCAGUCAUAAAUAUUAUAAACAAUGUUGGAUAGUAGUUAGCUGUGGAAUCUAGGAAACGCGUUUCGUUCGAUUUUUAGACAUUCAGUAUCAUGAUAUUUGCAACAGAUUAACGUUGAGUCUUAUUCGCAGUGGAUCAACAGUGAUCUAGUAGUUGAAUGAAGCUAAAGAGCACUUUUAACUAAACAUCAAUAAAAACAACAUACAAAAAUAUCAGUGUAGAUUUGUGGAGAUUAUAAAGUUUUUGAUUAAGAUCGUGAAUCGAUUGAUGUUAGACCAUUAUUGGAAACCUCAGUCAAAUACUUAAUAAUCUCUACAACACUAUACUGAUAAUAGCCAUAUGCUCACUAGUGACCAGAAUCGUGAGGGAAUUUUUGGAGUUCUGGUGAGAAGCCGUGAUCAGUGGAUCUAAUCCGUAUCGGGUAGAGACAGGUAUCUACCUCAGUACAUUGGGAGACGGUCGCACGAUUUCAUGGACUGGUUGGAGUUAGACAUUAAUAUCGUUGGAUGCUGGCUCAAUGGUCUAGAGGUUGUGUUCGCGCGCAAAACUGAAGGUCCUUGGCUCGAAUCCUGUGAGCGGGAUCGUAGAUGCGCACUGCUGAGGACGAAACGGCCAUCCAGUGCUCCCAGGUUUUCAAUGAUGGUCUAAUAUCAAUCGAUUCAUGACCUCAAUCAAAUACUAGGUGGUUAAAAAAGUGUAUACAAUAUCUAAAACGUAUGAAGUGAUCAACGAUCAUUUUGUGAAGGAAUUUAGAAAAGUUGACUAUAAUUUUCUUACUGUAAGAUAGUUCAUGAUUGAUCAAGGAUUUACUGAUCACAUUUCUGAGUUCCGAGAGCGUGUUUGAGUCAUGAUAAGGUUAUUAAUGCUGAUGUGUAAAAUACAUACAAGUGAUGAUAAGAUUUGAAUGAGAACAAAUGUACUUCCUGCACUCUACGGUCAUCUGAAAUCCAUUCAUAAUAAAGAGCGGUUAAUCCAACUUGUUUUGUGAAUAUUUCAGUAUCAUCUUAAAAUAAACUUCAAUCUUUUGAACAGCUUCAUUUAAUGGUAUAUAAACAAUCAUCAAAGAUCAUAUCAAAUAUUUCACAUACAUUUCGUAUCAUAAAGGUAUUCACUUCAACACAGAUUGAAGCAAAAAUUGAUUAAUAAUGAAAACUAUGGAUCAUACCAUUUCAAUGUUAUAGUGUAGAUAUGGUAUCUUACUCCUAGAAACGAUCACAUAUAUACACAACCGGCAGAGUACUUUAUCAAACUAAAAUGAUUAUUAUAAGAAGAGGUUUGCGGAGAUUUUAGAAAUUUCACAGAUUGAACUCAUGAAUCAUUUGGAGCUAGAACACCAUGUAAAACCUGGGAGCACUGGACGGCCG